GGUUGCGCGCCCCGGAGUCCGGCCUUGGUCCGGCGUGUGCGACUGCCCGUUGCGGGUUCCCCCGGCUUCCCACUCCUUGACCCUUCGGAGCUGGACAUACUGCGGCGUUCGCGCCAUGGCGGACUCGGGACUGUCGGUCCCCGCGCGGUCGCUCACCGACGACGAAAUGGCGGAGGUGAAAAAGGAAGUUUUAGAGCGGUUGCGUCGCUAUCUAUGUGACAAAAUAAUUGCAGAAAGACACUUUGACUAUCUACGCUCAAAGAAAAUACUCAGUAGAGAGGACACUGAAGAAAUCUCUUGUCGAACCUCAAGUAGGAAAAAGGCUGGGAAGCUGCUGGAUUACUUAGCAGAACAUCCAAAAGGACUAGAUGCUUUGAUAGAAUCAAUCAGAUGUGAAAGAACACAGAACUUCCUGUUAGAAAAGAUAACUGAUGCCAUCUUGAAAGCAAAAAAUGAAAAACUGGAAAGCCUUAAAGGGCUGAGUUGUAGCAACUGUAUGGCUUCAGUAUGUGGGCAAACAAACAAUCUUUCUAGGUCACAGUCAAAUGAAUCUAAUUUGUUUGAAAAACAAAAAGACAGAGAAACCACCUGCCUUCAUCCAGAAGAAUAUAGUACAACUGCCUUUGUAUCUGCUACUUCUCUUUGUUCGAUGAAUUUACCUGUUACGGAGGUUGGAAAUAUGGAGAAUUCCGUUUUCUUGGCUACCCUUCCCGGACCUGGAGAUUCUGGGGCACCACCUCUUCCACCACAAUUGCAGAAUGAGCAAGAGGAAACACAUACCACCUCAAGUGAUGAUCCCUUCCUUCCUUUAAGAUCUCGCUCACUUCUGCCACAGUGACAUUUCCCUUGAGUAACCUUAAAGUUCAAUACUAGGUUGGGUGCCUUAUAUAGUUUUGCAAUAAAUGUUUGUAGACUGUAAAGUCAGAACAGAUCAAGAAAGUGCCAAAUAAUCUGCUUUAAGUAUUUUAGGUUUUUAGCUAACCAAUGUAUUUGUCAUAAUUUCGUUAUGAGGAUGAUUUGUUAUUCUGCUUUUAGUGAUUACUGCAACCCUGUAAGUGUCUAAUCAGAAGUAAGCCCUAUUGAAUGAGACUUAUUUUAAGGUAUAUAGGCUUCAACCUUGAAAAACAUUUAAAGGGGUUCUUGCUCCAUUCAAAAACAAUAACAGAAAAAUGAUGCUAGACAUACCUAAAAUAAAUUUGGGAGAUGUGUUCCUAAAAUCACAUUUUUAUAAAGUUCAUAUUGAGAAAACAUAACUUGAUCUUCACCAUGGCAGUUGUUCCAUCUUGUAAUUAUUGGAACCUGCUGGGACAUACUUGUUUUUCAGAGGGGACUUCUUGUUGAAGUUUCUUUAGUUAUAGAACUUAGGAUGCUUCUGAAAUGUCAUAAUGAGGUUCAAUACAAAGGGUGAAAUAUAAUGUUAUUGAGAUACAAUAUAAGAGAAGUGAUGUUUGGGGUUCUUACUUCUCACUGUUGGUGGCAGUACAUUAGAAAUAAGCUUUCUCUUGCAGCAUGUAGUAUCCAAAAGUAAAUGUCACCCGGAAAAUAUUUUGCUGCAAUCUUUGUUGCAAGACCAUAAAUAAUUGAUCUCUGCAUGAUCACUACCGGCAGAAACAAAAAUCAUCAACAAAGAGAGAAGUAUAUUGUGUGGCUUGCAUCCCUGUGCAUACAUGUUGCAUAGUAACUUACUGUGUAGUGUCAUUUGUCCAGUUUGUGUGUUAUCUGACUGAGCAAAUUAUUUUUCUUGUUGCAUUCAGUUGUCAUUUGAAUGAUACACCUUCUGAGUACCCUUUGUUUUAAUUAACUUUCAAAAGAAAUUAAGGGUAUGCUUGACAAGAUAAUGUUUGACUUAAGUAAUGAACAUUAUAAACCCUUAACUGUCACACUUCCUUACUAAUAGCAACCUAACACGUGUAAUAUAAUUAUGUUAAUAAGCACACUCAACAUUGCUAGAUCUCAUUGAAUUUAUUGGGCUUUACAUCUGAGUAGACACAUACAGGAUUGGAUUUUGGACUCAUUCACCAUGCUGGAUAUAGUUCUAAAAGAAAAAGGCAAGGUGAAGCAAUGGUGUGUUGCAGACAUAAUUUUUACCAUGUAGGUAUUGGAAGCAUAAAUUGCCCUCAGGCCAGUCAAGGGGUUCCUCAUGGCUAGAUUGCAAAGGAGGCAGAAGGCACUGAAGAAGGGCCCUGCUUUCUUACAAAAUACAUCUAUGAAUAGACUUGCAGGAUUUACCAUGCUUCAUCUUUUUCUUAAUUUCUUUUUCUAUUUUAAUAUUAUUGAUGCUUGCUUUUAUUGAGAAUGUAUGCUACUCAACCUAUGUGAAAACACCUGACUUAAAAACGUGUCCCUUCAACAUUUAUUCUGUACAUUAUCUGGGCAUUAUCUGUGUAGCACUCAAAUUGGGUAGCUUUGAUAUUUAUUUUCAGAUCUUCUGUCAAAGCUAUAUAGAGGCUUUGUGGACAUCAGUCAAAGCAGUGCCUUUUUAGUUUAAAAGUAAUAUUAGAUCCAACCAAAAGGAAAGUGAUCUUUUAUUGGGCCUCUGCAAUACCAACAGAUUAUAAAUAUAUAUUUGCAUUUUUAUCUUAGAAGUCAUUGGAUAAAAGGUGCAAUAACUAGCCAAGUGUAAUUACACUACUGCCUUAUCCUUUACAUAUUUUGCUCAUAUAUGUCUCAGAGAAUUCAGCAGAGUGUACUUCCAGCUAAGUGUGCACAGGAUUACAGCCCAAUAUGUUAAGAAAAUAAGUGAAGAGACAAUUUUACAUAAUACAUUGAUCACUGUCAGGGAGCUAUUAUGUUCUCCUGCAGUGUACCAGACUCAUAGCUUACCUCAUCUGAAACUUCCAUGGUCGUGAUUUACGAAAACAUUCUUAAUAUGAUUGCCUGUUCUAGACAUUGUUAAAUUACUAGCAAAUCCUAUGUUUAGUUAACCAUCAUCUAAUGGUCCCCAUUAUUGUGUGAUGCUUCGCCUCUGAAAGCUGUAUGACUUUCCAGGUAUUGCACUUACACAAGAGAUAUUACUUUAUCCUGCACUUCAGCUCUUCACCCUGAAGUCUAAUAACCUGGAUGCCUCUGGAAAAAUGAUAGACAGCUGAGGGAGAGGGGAUUCUGAACAAAUGCUCAUUCUGUUUUCCAGACAUGUUUGGACUGCAGCACCCAGAAUUCCCAGUCAAUGGCCCAGAUGAAUGGGAAUUCUGGGAAUUAUAGUCUAAAUGCCUCUGAAGGCCACCAGGUUGGGGAAGGCUGAUCUAGAGGACAGUGCAGCACACAUCUUUUGAGAUUACAGAUGUGGCUGGAAUAUAGCUGCUUAUACCUUUUCUGAAUAUAAUAUAAAUUACACUGGUCUACAAUUUUUGGGAAAUUAACCUCCUCCGAGAUAAAAUGUGCUAAUUCUUACAUAUUUUGAUUAGAUGAAUUAGAAAACAGGUGAUAAAGGUGCUGGUUGGCUAAAGUUUUCAAGAUAUUUCACAAUAAAGAUUUAUACACAGGCUAAUGUAUUUGCCUACAAGGAAGGUGUCCGAUGAUCAUGAUGUCUCAUAACUUCUGAACAAAGUACAGUAGAACAAUGAAAAUUGUAGCACAUGGAAGUGAAUAAAUUUAUCUUCACUUUGAGACUAAA